CUCUUAAUCCUUCACCCAUGGAGCAGCCUUCACCGAGGGCGCAAUGCGCGCCCUCGCACGUGGAUUCUUGGGCACUCGCGGAAGGACGUGCAGACACAUUUCCGACCGCUUCAGUGCCCGCUUCGAAGAGGACGACGAACCGAGCUUGGCUCCAAAGAGGCCGCAGAAAUCUGCUACAGAGCAAGGUUCCAGAUAUUUGGAGGACGUUACCAACACCCGCCUGCGACGGCUGGCAAACCAUUCUCGAACCAAGGCGCUCUUUGACUCUCCGACAGAGGACCAUCGGAAGUUUCCAGACAAAGGUUCGAGGUUCCGGGUGGAUGCAUCCGUUUUUGAUGAGUCCCUACAUAUGCAGGCGACACAGCUGGAGAAGCUUAUCAAAGAGGGACGGAAGGAGCGAGAGGACACCCGGCAGGAGCACCUGCGUCGAGCCGCAAAGGAGAAAGAUCUUCGAGCCAGGCAAGGGGAGGUCAUUCGGGAAGUCCGGCGGCCAUCCGUGGAGAAUAUCAAGAGUUGCUCGUCAGGCCCACCACCUGCAGACGAGCAGACCAGCACGACACCUUCAGAGACGAAGGGAGCUGCUGAUGAGGCAAAGGCAGCGGCGGCAGCGGCCACAGAACUCGCGAAGCAAGAGCUAAGCACCGAAGAAGAGACAGGCUGCAGUCAGGACAACACGGUCGCCGACGAGUCCAACCUUCAGCAGGAGGUGCUCAGCCCGCGACAAUUGAUGGCGCGUGUCGGCCUUGUGCGACCUGAUUCAACACGGACCGGAGCAAUGCCAACGACCCCAGAUAUAGAGAAGAUCGUGAACUCUGUUGCAGUCCUAUCGCGGCGGAAAGCUUCCCAGGACAGAGAGAAGCUUGCUGGGCUGCUAGCCCAGUUGGAACCAGAGCACCCUGCCAAGAACUGUGUGGAGUGCGAUGCUUGCAUUUUGCAUCCGGAUUUUGAAAGAAGGGGCAUGUGGAUGCAGCAUGUUUGCCUGAAGUGGAACACGGAGAUGUUUCCCCAUUCAAUGGCCAGACAAGAACUGCUGAAGUCACACAUUGUGGAUUGAAAUUUUGCAAGGCUGUCCCGCCUUACUCCCAGCCUUUGCGCAUCUGUGCUUGUGGCCUUGCCCUGGGUGCCCCAGUGGACACCACAGCUGUUGAAGCGUCUGGCACACCAGGCUCAAAUCCGGAUAAAACUCGUGCACAAUCUGGCCAGCCCCCCCUCUAGCUCCCAUAUACAACCUCGUAAACCAGGAAUGUACGUAAGAACUCCCAUGAGCCCCCAAGAUGUAUGUUUAGAUCGGAGAGCGCGAUACUCUUUGUUUGGAGAUCCCUGGGCCACAACUCUAAGUCGACGCGAAGGCUUUGUAGCUCUCUGGUUACUGUGGCCUAUGCAUUCCGGGAGGCCAAUGCGCUGAAUACGCUCACUCUGGCGACGACACUGCCUACAGCUCAGAUCAAGUUUGCCGCCAAUCCCCACACGCGAGACUAUUCUAUAUUUGAAAUGUUAAGCCGUUAAGCCAACGGAUUAGUCCGUCUUAGGAGCUGAUAGUAUAUACAUAUAUAGCUGUGUGAUUUUAGAGUUGCCAUGUUUGGUUUAAAAAAACAGAAUGCAUGUGUUUUGUGAACUUGAUUAUAAAAUAUCAUAUAUAUAUAUAGUUAUACAUGUGUGUUUCCCUAUUUUUAUAAAAUGCUUUCAUUGG